AUGGUCCGGCCGCGGCGCCUGCAUUUCCUGAUCGCGAGCCUCGCGGACCACGUGCGGAUGGAUGGCCCGUUCCUCCGGCUACAGCUUUUCCUCGAUGCGCCGCUGACCCUCUCCAGUGCGCCGCUGAUCCGUAGAGGAAUGGGCUUUCGUCCGCCUGGCCCCAUGUCUGCGGACGGAAUCGAGGCAGCCACCAGCAACGCCUUCGCCACCCAGAUGGAGGCUGUCCGCGCGGAGGUCAGCGGCAUCAUGGGUUCCGCGCGCAAUGACAUGCGCGACGCGAUUGUUGGGCGUCUGCGCCCUCGCGCCGCCCGCUUGGAUCAGCGCGGCAUCGAUGUUCGUCAGGUUGAGGAUCGGACGACCUCAUUGGAGACGCAGAAGGGCUCUCUUCUUGCGGACAUGGACCAGGUGCAGCGGUCAUUGGCGCAGGCUCGAGCUGCUGCUGCUGCAGGGGCGGUGGAUCUCGCGAGGUUGGCAACGCGCGACAGGCCCCCUGACCCCAGUAUCUUCAGGAUCGGGCGGGCGCAGCCCGCUUCCGAGGCAGAUGUCAAGAAUGGUAUCUCGCAGUGGAUCAACGACACAGGGCCCGCGCAUGACCAGUGCAGCAUUCACGGGCAGUUGCCUGGCAAGGUUCACGGCAGCGAGCUCACUCUCGCGUCGCUUUUGCAUGACAUUAACAUUCAGUACAAACUGUUUUAUUCUGAUUGCCCUGAGGACAGCGCGGGCUGCGCCGAGCUGGAGGAGCUCGACAUCAACUCGAAGUGGCUGCGAGUGAAGGGGCUGAUGCACGUGGCCGCCGCUCUCGCUCGCGAUGGAAUUCAGCAAGGCAUUGCGCCGCCUGCUAACGCUGGGGCUACCGGGCUCGAGAGCGCGACGCCCGGGGCCAUAUCGAGGGCAGUUCGGCGACGAGACGCGCGGCUUGCACGUCGCCUUCGCGGGCCGUCGCAGCUCGCAGAACACUUGGGCAUCUCGGGCGACGGCCUCGCCCGCAUCAUCCGCGCGCCCGAGUUUCGCGAGGCCGCGGUGACAACGAACUGGCAGCGCUUCGAGGGUGUCGCUCAGGAAGCCGCGCGAGCUUCUGGUCGGCGUUCCCGAGCCCAUGCCGCUCACGGCGGCAACUCGCCGGCUGGAGUGCGGGGGCAGACGAGCACCCAGCAGACGCCCACGAGGCGGCGCCUCAUGCUCAGCGGGCCAAAACGCGCUCAGGGCGGCCGCGAGACCGUCGCGCGCGAACCGACGGCGACGGCGGCGACCAAGGAGCACUGGGGGCCCAUCUUCGCCGAGACUACGCGUUCUGAGACCGACAUCUCCCAAUGCCUGGGCAAUCGUGGCGUCUUCGGGGAUUGCUUCCUCGUCAGGCGGCUGCGGAACCCGGAGCUGUCCAACUCAGAGUCCCAGCUCACUGAAUGCUGCUUUGCUUCGAAAGGCAAGUGGCAGAGAAGAAGUGGCCGCCAGGUGGUGCUGUCCAGCUUGGUGAGCCUGUUCCAGGCCACGAUCAGCAGCCACAUCCAGCAGCAGGCGAGGCAGGCGCUGCUGCAGAUGCUGCAACGUGAAGCUUCCAGGUGGAAUUCUGAUGUGUGGAGGUCUGUGAUGCUCGUGGUGCCUGAGAGCCUAAUCUCUCGUGGCCUGCGUUGGAUCGAUACCCACAUACCACCAGAGGGCUUGCCUAUCUGA